CGAUUUUUCCAAUCGGAUUUCACGCAAGUUGUUCGUGCUAGCUAGUUUCAAAAAUCAUGUAUUAAAAAAUAGUGAAUCCAAGCUGUAAAAGUUAAAUAUCUGAAGUAAAAAUGUCCAUUUUUCGAAGCAAAGUGGUUUUGGGCCUGAGUGCUGUCGGGACGCUUGCUGGUUGCGCUGCCCUGCUCAAAGAUUGCAUGCAGGGCGCCCGGUUCGAGCGCAAGGAUGUCCGAGCGGAUGGGAAGGUGGUGAUUGUGACCGGAUCCAAUACCGGCAUCGGCAAGGAAACGGUCAUGGGUCUGGCCAAUCGAGGGGCGCACGUUUACAUGGCGUGCCGGGAUAUGGCCAAGUGCGAGGAAGCUCGCCAGGAUAUCGUGCUGGAAACGAAAAAUCCCAACGUGUACUGCCGGGAGUGUGACCUGAGCUCGCUGCAGUCGGUGCGGAAGUUUGUGCAACAAUUCAAAACCGAACAAAACCGACUGGACGUCCUGAUCAACAACGCCGGAGUGAUGCGCUGUCCGCGUUCCCUCACGGCCGAAGGCAUCGAGCUCCAGCUCGGCGUCAACCACAUGGGACACUUCCUGCUGACGAACCUUCUGCUAGACCUGCUAAAACUGUCCGCCCCUAGCCGGAUCGUUGUCCUAUCCAGCAUUGCCCACACCCGAGGUAAAAUCAACGCCGAAGACCUGAACAGCACCAAGAAGUACGACUCGGCCGAAGCGUACGAACAGAGCAAACUGGCCAACGUGCUGUUCACUCGGGAACUGGCCAAGCGACUGGAAGGAACCGGAGUUACGGUGAACGCCGUGCACCCUGGCAUAGUAGAUACCGAAUUGAUGCGACACAUGGGUCUGUUCAACAGCUGGUUUUCGUCGUUGCUCAUUAAACCGUUUGUGUGGCCAUUCCUCAAGUCGCCCAUUUCCGGGGCGCAGACGUCGCUUUACGCUGCAUUGGAUCCGAGUUUGGAAAAAGUUUCCGGGCAAUAUUUUAGCGACUGUGCGCCGAAAGACGUGGCCGAACAGGCAAAGGACGAUAAGCUGGCCAAGUGGCUGUGGGCUGUGAGUGAGAAGUGGACCGGAACGCUGACCGGGACGGCUGCCGUUUCCUGACAGCGGAUUGUCAGGCUGAAGAAUAAUAAGGACAUUAUCAUCUUUAGCGAACCGAAUUUGCAGGAGUGAGUUGUAGGAGGUAAAUACUUUUGAAUGGUUUUAGGGUUGGGUACGAAAGAGUGGAAUAAGAUGGUCAAAAUCAUUUUAUCUUGAUGAUGAGUUAGUGAUUCGUUUUAAGGAUUAUAAUCUCAAAAUGGCUACCACAAUGGCCGACUUUGGCACCUACUCACGAUUUUGGGCGCCCAAAUCUCUUCGUAAACAAAACCAGCGCACCUGAUGUUCUUAUUUUAAGCUUAUUACAAGUGAGCAGGAGCAGAAUAAUAAAAUGCACUGUUGUUUGAACCUUGCUUCUUGAAAUUUGUGCGUCUGAAGUUCUCACGCACUGCUGAAGCGAGAUUUUAAGACGUUUGUCAUUAAAGCAGUUACUGAAUAUAACUUUCACACAGAGAUUCUCACCACAUUGACAUUUAGGAAGACCGUUCCUACUUAAAACAAGCGAUUACCAUGUUGUUUGUUUUGUUUCUUAUUCUUGUAUCGUAUGUUACAAAUUAGCACAUAUGAUCACAAAAAGAACAGAGUCAAUAUGGUCUUGCUACCUGGUUAAGGACUAUAAUUGUUGAGUCUAUUGAUUGUUUUUUCCGUUGAAUUGGAAGUUUGGAAAUCAAUAAAAGCAAUUAAUGUAGAAUUGUAGAUGUUCGGAACAGUCAUCCAUGAUAGCGAAUCUGACUUUGGAAUAUUGAUUUCUCGAUUUCCAAUCAAUAUGUGCACGGUCUGGGGCUGAUAAUACCAUAAUACUGAAAAGGGAAAUUGAAACCGCGAACAAUGUAAUGAAUCAAUAUCAGGAGAAAAUACAGUGCAACGUUAAGAUUGAAAUGGACAGGAGCCUAUCAUGUCUAAACUUGUUGUUAUGCAGUCAGAAAACCAGAUCAAAUAAUUAGACCAGAUUAGCAUGCCAAGCCCAUAACUUCGAACAGAUUCUUGAACUACCUAACGGCCCACAAAUGAAGUGAAAGUCACCGAGAAUCUUAUCAAAUGAAAAUGGGUAAUCACAUUCUUGACCAUCGUCGAAGAAGCCACAUAAAGCAGGAGUGCCAGGGCCAGGAAUCGGACCCAAAAUCAUCCCUUUAUGAAGGGAACGUAUACCAGCGAUGGUAAUUCUUAACGCUUAUCAAGAAUGUUGUUCAACUAAGACGAACAGCGUUGUUCCUUGGUUGAACAUGAACCUUAAUUCGCUAGCGGCUAUAGGAAGAAUGAACAGAGGAAAUUUAGUAGUGUUAAACGUUUAUCUUACUGGGACUUGUUGUAACGGAAUGCUUUGACCACCUUUUGACAUACACUCAGAAAUAAAAGUAUACACGGAAUUACUAUUAUUUAUGCAUUUUGUAUCCACAUCUCUCUCACUCUUUUUCUGUUUUCAUGCUAUCUGCCGUUUAGCCUGGGUUGAAGAGAAGUGUUUCGUCAACCCAGGUGAAGCACCAGAUAGCAUGAAAACAGAAAGAGAGUGAGAGAGAUGCGGAUACAAAAUGCAUAAAUAAUAGUAAUUCCGUGUAUACUUUUAUUUCUGAGUGUAGAUCAAAUAAAUGAUGUGGGCAAAGUGGGGUCCUCAUUGUGCACAAAGGUGUUGGAAUUGACAGCUCAGCUUUACAAAAGUUUCUCUCAAAGGAUUCUGAAACAAAAGGGAUACAUUUUAGGUUGCUAAAGAAGCUUUUACUCAUGCGAGGGUGGAGAAAGCAUUAAAAUUUAAUAAACCAUUUAAAUUCGCUGGCAUCGAUGGAAUUCUUUCUGUGUUCAGAUAGAGGAGCAUAUGCUGAUUUAACCAAUGGUAAGGCUAGAUCUGGGACAUAUUCCAAAAAAAAAUGACUGCAUGCUCGAGUGGUCGUUAUUCCCAAAGCCGGACAAUAAGACAAAACACACACAAACGCCCUUAAGACCGAUAAAUCUAUCAUCGGUAAUGCUCAGAACCAUGAAAAAGUGUCUCUCAUGCCGAGGACCUGGGAUCGAAUCCGCUCCCGAAAAUGUGAGUUCUUUCUUCGGAAGGGAAGUAAAGCGAGGGUCCCGAGAUGAACGAGCCUAGGGGUAAAAGCAAAGUUGAUAUGAAAGCUAUGCUUCUUUCCAAAUUUCAAUCUGCUUGUGCUCCACAAGUUGUGGAAAUACUAUGAUUUCGGAACUGGGUACAUGCGUUAGUCACUGUAGGCAAACUUGGUUACGUCGAUAAGAUUUCACGGCCGAGAUUUCAACGCUCACCAGCUACAGCCAGGCUUGUCCGCACUCAGCGCGUGAAAAUUCUGCUCUUUUGAUUUACACCACCAAAACCAUUGUAUUUAUGUAAUCUUUCUAUCUUACUUGAUAGAAGGAUGUUUGAAUAUCCAAAAUGUCAUUUCAAACUGUCAAAAAAUCGCACCGCUGUGCCGCACUGAGCGUGCAAAGAGAAAAUCACUGGGGUGAAUUCACCCGGGUGAAAUUCUCUUUGCGCGCACAGUGUGGCACUGCGGUGCAAUUUUUUGACAGUUCCAAAUGACAUUUAGGAUAUUUCAACAUCCUUCUAUCAGAUAAGGUAGGAAUAUUGCAUUGAUACGAUGGUUUUGGUGAUGUAAAUCAAAAGAGCAGAAUUUUCAUGCGCUGAGUGCGGACAAGCCUGGCUACAGCAGGAGCAGACAGCAGUAAACCACUAUGGAACGACGACGAUCACGUUUUACCGGUGAAUACGUGGGGAGGAACACCACUUUCGAACAAACUCUAGGUAGCUCUUGUAGCGCUUCUGGUCAUUACAGGGUGCAUUUGACAACACUGCACUUCUUAUUCGUCUAAAAUGCCCAACAGGCAAUGAUGAGAUGAAAUCUAGCAAACCGACAGAUUUCAUCAGAGCUGAGUGGUUCACACAUCACUGUAUAAAAUAUCUUGACGUGAAACUCAACAAAAUAUUCAUCUUGAAACAACCGUAAUGCAAAGUUACAACUCAAAGUUCUGCGGUAAAAAGUAUCGUGAUGUAGAUUUAUAAAACCAUUUCCAGCUAUCACACACAAAUGAAGCAGCCUGCUGAUGGCUGUCGUAGGCAUAACUAUAAGUAGGAAAACCGCUAUUAUUGAGUUGUCUAGAUUGCGUGCGUAUCUGCUACCAGUGCUGGAAAACCGUGAGUAAAAUCGAGUCAGAAGACACAAAAAAAUGCCAUCGCAUCGCUAUAUCCACUGCGGAGCGAACUGUUCGUGCUACUGUGGUUCGCGAUCGUCUGACAGGAACACGAGCGAGAGGUUCGCAUCAUUCUGUACUGCGAUGCUUUUGUGUUUCAGUGGUUCACGGCAAAUAUUUCUCUAAUGAAAUCAAGUUUUGGUAAACUUUUUCGUUGAUAUGAUUUAUUGGAAUGGUAGUAGUCCAAUAUAAUCAUAAAACACCAAAUUAAUUAUCUUUAGGGGCAAAGAAAGGCGAACCAACUGCGAUUGUUUUGUGUUGGUUCUUUGCUUCGGCAAACCGAGAACCACUCUCGCCUUUUGUAUUCGUGAGCACGAGUACAAAGUUUGUGUUCGAUGUGAACCAAAAAUAACGUCAAGCGCAUGAUGCUUUCCACAUCUGUCUGCUACAAUAUUCCACAAAAGUGAAGACGAGACUCCCCCUUGAGGGGAUUCACAAGCGCUUAAUGUAUAAUAUGACAGCGAAAGGUCUCGACGUCUCAACUAGACAGCAAUGUCUUGCCAUUUUGCUGCCAGAAAAUAAAAACGUUACAGAAAUGCUCAGCAUCGUUGCUUUCCUUGCAAAUGCGGAGAGAACUUUUCUGUCAUGACACAUCUGUCUGAAAAAAAAGGCAAGACAUUUCUGUCCAGUGGAGACAUCGAAUAAGAAAACACCCAAACAAGAUUGCUUUUGAUUAAAUGCUUUCUCAAUAUUGUAAAAAAUCUUGUGUGGAAGAGGCAUAAUGAACUUUCCAGAUUGGUAAAGAUGUUGGUUCACAUGAAGAGGUAUGUUAGCCAAAUGAACAUCACCAAUGUGAUGAUCGGCAAUGCGCUGUAAGCGUUUCAGAAGAAAAGAGGUCAAACCACUAGGCCUGAAAUUCUUUGCUUCUUCAUACGACGCACGACCCCGGAAUACUUCAAUGUAAUAUCUAAGUUACGAUACUCCGAGCCGAAGCUAGAGGUUCAUAACUACAAGAAAAUACAUCAGGUUCAUCCGAAGACGUAACAUACACACAUCCGGGAAACUGUGAACAGAAUAAGCAUUCCAGAACUUCCUCAUUGUGAAAUUGCCAUACGAAGUUCGAUCACUCGGAAAUCCUUUGAUUCCGCAAGGAUUUUGUUCAAUCGACUGACUUCACUCAAAUGGGAAACAUUUAUACAAAGGUUUUUCCAGCCGGAUCGUUCAGCAGGCCUUGGUUGGGUUCUGACCAAAGUCUACCGCCCAUACAAAUUUAUACAAUUUUGUAUGAUUGCCAAAAUGCAGUCUACGUUGUUUAUCGACAGCACCCAAGGGGAUCCCCUUGUAGUCUUCACAGACCGCAAACGAAAGCUUCUUAAAAAGCUACCAUGAUGAAGGACGUUGUUGUAUCUACGGCAUCAUCUAAAUCACUUGGAGUGUCAAUGGAUGGUGAGUAUCCAUGAAAUUUGACCGCAAUCAAAUCAUCAAAGCGAUCCCAUUUGGUUGACCGGGGAUUUAUGAAACUCAAAGUUUGCGAAGUAGGUAACAUUCACAUGACCAGAAAAGAUGUAGCUAUGAUCAGAUAAAGGUUCUUAUCUGACACAUGCCAAUUGGUAAGGUCAUAGUUAUUUCUACUAGAGAAAAGCAUUAUAUCAAAUAUAAUUAAUUAAAAAAAAAAAAUCUUUGAUUAUAUCUAACACUUCUUCUCUGGUAGAUACCAUGAAGGUUGGGCGGUUGCCUAUGUUAAAUAAUCCAAGAUCUGUACUACUUAAGUACUCCAUCAAACUGGAGUCUCUCAAGUUAUUGUCUGAGCUACCCCAGAUGAUGUGGUGAGCAUUAGAAUCGCUGCCAAUAUUUUGCGGAAGGCCUUUUGAAGUGCAGUAUGUGAUCAUGCGGUAAACCCAAGUAACACACAUGUUAUAUAAAAGUUACGACAGCGCAAGUUUUGGUUGUAUAGAAGUUUAUUUUACGUUAUUUCAACACAAUGUUGGAAUUACGUAAAAUAAACUUCUAUACAACCAAAACUUGCGCUGUCGUAACUCUAUUAUAACAUGUGUGUUGCUUGGGAAUGAACCGAACAAUAGACGUAGUUGAGGUUUCCAACAGAAACAUCAAUAGUGAUAGCACAUACAUCUCCGGUGGUUGAUUUAUGAUAAUGGUUAGGAGUGUGUAUAGAGCGAUUCCAAGCAACAGCAUCAAAAUUAAGGAAAAUUUUUAAUUCAUGAUUUUCUAUUGAACUGAAACUUUGCACAGUUUUUCAGUUCCAUCUAAAUCGCCAUUUUUCGAUAUCAAAUUUUUAUUUAGAGCCACGACUAACUUUUCAAAAGGGUGUAUGUGAAAAUGGUUCAAAAAUAUUCAAAAAUAUGCACAGCCAAAACGGAUUGUUCGAUUGUUAUGAAUUUUUCAGCAAAGUUAGAUAGCUAAAUGGUGAUUUCUAAGAAAAUAUACACUGUGAAAAAAAAUCUAUUUUAUCAUUGAAAAACAUCAUUUUUGUCACAAAAACUCAAAUAUCUCAAAACCCUAUCUUUUUACCAACUUGAACUUUUUAGGGAAAACGGUCCAUUGUAUUAGCAAUCUACCAUAAAAAUUUGGUGAUGGUAAACUAAUAAACAAAAAAGUUAUAACAUUUCAAAAAUUUCACAAUUUUUACAUUUAGUAAAAACAUUUUUUCUGUGUAAAUUAUUUCGGCCGGAAAUCGCGAUUUGAUGCUGAUUUUAUUGUUCAGCAAAGUUAGAUAACUAAAUGGCGAUUCCUAAGAAAAUGUACACUGUGAAAAAAAUCUUUUUUAACAUUAAAAAAUAUCAUUUUUGUCACAAAAACUCAAAUAUCUCAAAACCCUAUCUUUUUACCAACGUAAUUUUUUAGAGAAAACGGUCCAUUGUAUUAGCAAUCUACCAUGAAAAUAAACAAAAAAAUUAUGACAAUUCAAACAUUUCACAAUUUUCACAUUUAGUAAUAAUUUUUUUUAGUGUAAAUUAUUUCGGCCGGAAAUCGCAGUUUGAUGCUGAUUUUAUUGUUAAUGGCCUUGCGUGAGUAAAACAAGCUGUUUUUAUUAUGUAUUAUGUAUAUUAUAUGUACAGUAAUGUUCCGAUUUUAUCACGCCCUCCGCGCAUUAGUCGUUUAUUCAUUAUUUGCUGUUACAUUUGAGGACAAGUGUUUUCCCUCUUCUUCAAAAUGAAUGUUGAAAGCGUGUUUUGCAACGUUAAAAAUAUUGAAAUGGGUAUAGAUGUUGAAGAAUAUUACAGGGCAUUUUUGAAAAGGGGCGUAAUUAAAUUGUUUAAACAGAUGUCGCUGAUGGCAAUUUCUCAGUUGUUGUCGUUUUCGAACUUCCUGCGCCCUGCUUUACCGAUGAUAUACAGAUGGCUCGUUUGUCAAAUUUUAGACGGCAGGACGUGCAAAUGCGUAAUUUUGUACACAAUGUGGACAUUUGGGCAUAACCAGUCUCUUUCAGUUUAUCUAUCUUUCGGUGAGAUUUCGUAACUCUUUUGAACAUUUUUUUUCAUCAAACGGUCUACAAGAAAGCGACUGUUCAUCUUGUUCGUUAGAUUAUAAUAAACAAAAUCACUUAUUAAUUUUAACUUACUUGUUUGGUGUUGGUGGCUGAAGAAAAAAAAAUACUAUACAAUUUUUAAUAUUCAUAGCGGUAGUAUUUUUUUGUUUUUUUUCGUGAGCAUUGUCAGGUAUGUAUACAGACAAACAAACGUAACACUGGCGAAAUUUUCAUUGACCACGCCUUCAACGAUCAUUUUGAAUCUUGGUCGUGGCUUUCAUAACAAGAAGAGCGCCCAUCGUUUUUCUUUGCGUUUGACGUUUCACACUAGCGCCUUCUGAUGACGAUAUUGCACAACGCAGUGUUUCGUGAAACAUUUCCACCAGGUGGUGAUAGUGUGAACUGGGCGAUGAAUUUUCACUAAAAUUGUUCUAGGCGUUUCGUCUGUUUGUCUGUGGUAUGUACCUCUUAUGCAUUUGUUGUUGUUGAAGUUACUCGCAUUCUUCCGAUCAUAAAGUCUGUUCUCUACACACUUAAUUUUGAUUACCGAGUUCGGUAAUUUUUUGACGAGAUUAAAACUGCUGAGCACCGAACUCGUUCAGCAAAAAUGCAUUGUUUACCUUUUCCAUACGAUUUUGACAGUUGUUUUACUGAGCCUCAGUAAAAUCGAUUACCGAAACUACCGAGAUCGUACUGCUGUUAUAAUCUCGUCAAAAAAGUACCGAACAGGAAAUUCAGAAAUAAGUGUGUAAGAGGGAUUUUUUUUGCGGAUAAACUAGACGUAUACGCGUAUAAAAAAACUUUUAUUAUACAGCUUUUGUCUUAAAAAUAAAUUCAAUUCCAUUUUUCUUAUAAUCAACAGCUUUUCAACACUAUCAAGGGAUUUUUUCACCAGUCACGUACAAUAAAAAGUAUGACAAUCUCAAUAUUUUUGAUCACAACACUGGAUCGCGUCUAAGUUUCAAAUAGAUACUAUAGUAAUUACGAAUAAUCAAACUAAAGUAUCAUGAAAACAACUUGUUUAAUUCAGGCGGUAGCCUUUACAAUAAAAUCAGCAUCAAAAUAUAAUUCUCGAAAUAAUUUACACAGAAAAAAAAUUUUUUUUGUUACUAAAUGUAAAAAUUGUGAAAUGUUUGAAAUGUCAUAACUUUUUUGUUUAUCAGUUUACCAUCACCAAAAUUUUAUGGUAGAUAGCUGAUAUAAUGGGCCAUUUCCCCUAAAAAAUUGAAGUUGGUAAAAAGAUAGGGUUUUGAGAUAUUUGAGUUUUUGUGACAAAUAUCAUAUUUUUUCAAAGUAGAAAAAGAAAUUUUUUACAGUGUAUAUUUUCUAAGGAAUCAUCAUUUAGUUAUCUAACUUUGCUGAAAAAUUUAUAACAAUCGAACAAUCCGUUUUUGCUGUACAGCUUUUAGAAUAUUUUAGAACUAUUUUCGCAUACACCCUUUUGAAAAGUUAGUCGUGAGUGAAUAUGAAGGUUUAAUAUCAAAAAAUGGCGAUUUAUAUGAAAUUGAAAAACUGUGCAAAGUUUCAGAUAUUUUUGAAAUGGUCGCUCAGGAUCGACUGACAUGACUCCGUGGAAUUCCUCUAUAGCAUCGAUUGCGGUGUUGACAAGCUCACAUGCUCAAGGCAUGACACGCAAGUUUGCCAUUUCACUUUUGCUGGAAAUAGCAAACAUCGGGUUCAAAUGGUUUCCUAGAUAGAAAUUCUCUUUAGGGGCCGUACACAAAUUACGGCACACUUUUAGGGGGGAGGGGGGUUUCACAACGUGACGACCCAUACAAAAAAUGGAUGUAGCACACAAAAAGUGUGACAUAGGGGGAAGGGGGUUGCAAAAGGUCGAUUUUUGCGUAUCACCACUUACGAAACUAAGGAUCUUGGACUGUACCAUGUUGCCAUCCUAACCAUAGCACAAUGGGAAAAAUAGGUAUAAAACGCGAAUAAAUUCAAUAUCUUUGCUCGGAGUCGAUGGAUUCGAAUGAAUUUUUGACACAAGCUGCAAUAAUCUCUAUCGUUUCAGAUCAGGAGGGUGUUAUUCACCGCACGAUGCUUGAAAUAGGUUAAUUAAAGGGAUUUGGUUCAAGAACAACCGAUCAGUAUUCAGUCACGUCGGAAAGAUUGGGCUUUGUUAACGUUGAACUGUUCAUCAUUGAAAUCAUCGUCAUCAUCAAACAUUUGAAAGCAGUUUUUUCGUUCAAAACAAAAGUUUAUGCUAUGAAAAUAUAUUCACUGUACUCCACAUGAGGAAUAUAAUGCAGUGAAUAUAUGUUCAUGAUCCUUGUUUUGAUUUGCAGCGAGAAAACUGCUUUUUAUUUUCCGAAAAAUGAUGACGGAUGCUUGAGCCUUAAGAAUCGGACAAAGGUUCCAGAGUAAUGGUAUAAUGCGCUCAUGCCCGUGUAGCUGCCGGCUUAGAAUAGCACUACGGACCACCUGUUCCGGGGGUAAAAGUCCACCAAACAGGUAAUUCCAAUCCAAGGUGUCAGGCGACCCGUGCUGAGGGAUGAAUGGUUGAGGGGGUUUAAAAGAUGCUUGAUCUUUAACGGAGCCCGUAGCGUUGGUAGAUCGCCUUUUUGGGUUGCGUUGCGGUGAUAGAUCUACCAAACCGAAAUCUAGUGUCGUCGAAAUCAAAUUGGGUUAGGGAUCCAUGUAUGUACUAACUCUUCGAAGACUGGAAAGUGCUAGUACGCAAGGAACAUGCUAGAACCCAUAUUACUGAACACAUGUUCCAUUAUUGGAAUGAAAUUGCUGCUAAUGUUAAAACCCGGGUCCUAAACUUCCUACUGGGGAGAAUUUAGCAGUAAAACAAGGGUGAUGCUAGGUUUCCGAUGCAUGGCCAAUAUCAGUACUCUUGUUUUGUUUUCUAAGAAUGUAUCAAAAUCGAUACUUUAUUGCCCCUCAAUGGCAAUUGAGUAAUGCGACAUGCACUACACUAAGGAUACGGGUAAUGUCACAAUAGAUCUAAAAACUGGUCGCAAUGACAAACCCGAACAGGAAUAAAAAAAAUGCGCUCAAUUAUUUUUAGAAAUUUAAUCGGUUGUACGAAGGUUCAAAGCUAUGAGCCUCUGUACGAAUUUGCCCUGUCCUGCUCACUCCCAUAGAAAAUUUAAUAACACCGCGCACAGUAAAAGUCACAUUUGACUUUAACUGUGCGAACUGUUUUCAAAUUUUCUGUGGGAGUGAGCAGCAGACAAGGGCAAAACACCAAACCGUGCCGCACCGGUGGCGUGUUUGCCCGUAAACACACCACCGUGUGUGUUCAUAUCACCACCUUCGUUCAGCUUCUACUGAUGAACACGCAGUGCGACUGGCGAAACACUCGUGUCGGUGUUAUAACUCGAGCCUCCGUGUUUCAGUUUUGGUAAGGCACGGAGGCCGAGUGUUUCCGAUUGUAUGAAACACCAAAGCAGUGAGCUCGGCCACAGUGUCUGGUAGCUUGGCUGCAUCAGAGCCACUGAGUCAGAAGGGACGAGAAAGACACAAAAGGAGCCGCCAAGUACUUCACUCUCGUCGUCGACCAGCAGCAUUUGCAACUGGUGCUGGAGAAUGAACGGCACCGAGCGCUUGAACUCGCACGAGUGUUUUGCAUAAUCGGAAACACUCGGGCUCCGUGUUACCCGAAGCGUCAAACACCGUGCCCAGUGCCUGAGCACCGCCACCGACACCGGUGUUGAGCCAGACACGGUGCGUGUUCGUUCUGAAACACGGAGAGCUAGGUGGUGGCUUGGCACCCACGGUGGUGUGUUUGAGCAUCGACUCCUCGUGCAGUGCGGUGUUUGGACAUGUCUGGUGAGCAGUACGCCAGAUUCGUGCAGAGGCUCAUUGCUCGAAAAUGAUGGUACUGGUUGUUUUUGACACUUCUUAAUCCAACACUUUUCAGUCCACUUCGUUUCUUAGUUAUUGUUUGUUGUUGUGAUAUUUCAGGGAUUUCAGUGAUUAACGACAAACGGUGCGGUUUUAACUGAACUUUAUUUCUUUCUGUGUUGAAUUCUCGCAAAAGUAGGGCUUUCGUGAGAAUUGCAUGUGAAAUUAUUCGCUAUGCUCUAGGGAUGCAAAGUCGAUUAUCGUAGCAAUGUCUCGAGCAAAGUAGGGCGAUCGGAGUAGACUCCAGAUCAAUUUACUUCUUUAAAUAUAUCCAUGUUAUUGCAUAAUCUAAAUCUCCACCACAAAAUUGAUCGAAUUCUAGGAACUAGGGCCACCGAGCAAUUAAUAAUUUUAUGCUACCAAAUUUAUCCUAUUCGUAUACUACAUAACGAUUACGGUAUCGAUUGGUUUUGUUCUUUUUGUUAUCAUUCAUGCUUUUUGCCAACAAAAAAUUAAAAAAAUAAGCAAUAAACCAACAGCACCUCUCUCUUUUGCGAUAUGCGUGGAACUUUUGAGAAAACUUCUGUGUUUCUUGAGAACGGCACAGAAGUUCCAUUUCCUCGUAUUCAAAUUCUUCCGGGUGGCGUUUUUCGUUCUGUUUACGCCUCUGUUGGUAUCGUACCACAUUCUGCCGCGUUCCAUGCUGCAGCAUCACCGGCCGCUAUUCGUUUUCUCCUCUGAAAUCCCACUGCACACCACGCCGAACUAUACAUUCCGACGAUUCUGACAGGGCUGUCGGCUACGCCGUUUAUGGCUGCUUUUACUGUACUUCAGUCGUCCUCUAGAUGCAAUGCUGCUUGGAGAAUGUGUGGGUGGGUAUGCUGACGCGACAUCCAGUUGCUUCAGCAGAUCUACGUUGUACCGUGGCCUUCGCCGUUUCCAUACAUUGUUGAUGACGAAGAGUUUUGUGUGCAGUUUGAUCAAUUCCAGGUAGUGGUCAGAGUCUAUAUUAACGCCACGUUAGGUCCCGAGCUGACGUCGAUAAUGUCGAAAAAAUGUCGUUCAUGAACCAAGAUAUCAUGAUAUUACGAUAUGGAGGCUGUGCUGGACGACGGUGUUAAAAAUGGUUAUGUUAUUGGAGGUGGCAGGAUCAAUGAGCCGUAAUUAGUUUUCGUUGAGCUGUUGGGCGCUGAACUUUUCAAUCGUCUUCUUGGCCUACCUGAGUGUUUGGAACCUAUAAUGAUCUUCACGUCGUGGCUUAUGCAGCCAACAUACUUGUAUCCUUGUCAUCAUCAGUGCAUCCGAAGUAAGGGCUGCGCACGUUGAUCAUAACAAAUUUGAAGAAUCGGUCCUAGAUUAAUAUUGUUCAAAGAACUUAAAAAAAUAGAGUGGAAUGCGUCAUUUGAUCAAUCAUUCAAUGAGGUUAAUUUGUUACAAAAAAAUCAACAUUACGAUGUGUAAGCAAAGAUUGAGCUAUAAAUAAACGAACAAAAGAAAAUAAGAUCUGCAAGCAAAAAAUUGUGAUAGAAAAUGAAAUGACGUAAAAGAGAUUUUUGCUCUAAUGAAUAUUGCUAGGUGAACGACUAAAUAAUAAUGUAAAUUAUAAUGGAUCUUCCUUCAACACUUUGAUUUUGCCCAUCUUAUUCCUAACUUGAAAAAUAAAUAAAAUAAAAUUAGUAAAUAAACUCAGCAGCAUUAGAAAGAAGAUAACCCUGAUAAGCAUUUUGAGACGAUGCAGAAUAGAAAAUCACUUAAUUACCGGUAGCAGUCUUCUUUAUUGUUACACUUUAUUGUUAAAGCUCUUGAUUUUUUUUCUUCGCGUGAAACGAAGGCGUUAAUCGGAAUGCGACCGAUUUGCAACACAAAUUAGAAUCUUUUCUUUUUGGGCUGCUUAAGUGGGCUCGGUCGACGGGAAAAUGCCAUAGAAGGUCCCACUCAGAUCACUCGAGCUCAGCCGGAUCGGUCCGGUUUUUUUUUCGGGUAACUUGAGACGUCUCCAUUCCCUUGCAGAAUUUCGCACAAACAACCCAACCAACAACAACAGUACAUAGAAGUAAGAAGAUUGAUAGCGCGAACAAUGUGUGAAGUGUGCUUUUUCGGUGGAUAGGAUUUCGCAAAUGUAAAUUUGGUUCAAUAAAAAUGUUUUAUGUGCUUGGAAACCCA